GAAUCAAGGGCAGUAGGGGACUCUGGCUUUGGGGAAGGGAUAGCAAAGGGGACGAAAAUUGCCUUAGUGUUCUCCUGCUGAUUUUUUCAGUUCAUGUACAACUUGCAAGUGAAAGUUCAUGAUUGAAGUGAUAAAGCUGGAAUCUUGUGAAUUUUGUGCAAUGAUAUGGCUCUAUGAGGAACAUCCUGCUUAAGUGAUUCAAUGGAAAGGCAGAACCUUUUUGAUGAAAUUCAUGAUUGUGUCAUCAAGGCGAGAGUGAAACCUCAAAGGCGAAAAGACAAAGUUCACAUUGGUUGUGGAGCUGGGUUUGGUGGGGACAGACCUUUGGCAGCUCUUAAGUUGCUUAACAAGGUUAAAGAGCUAAAUUAUCUCGUACUUGAAUGUUUAGCCGAACGCACCCUUGCUGAACGUUGUCAGGUUAUGAUGUCUGGCGGUGAUGGUUAUGAUUCUCGCAUUUCGGAGUGGAUGUCUAGGCUUCUUCCUUUGGCUGUGGAGAGGGGAACUUGCAUAAUUACAAACAUGGGUGCAAGUAGGAUGAAAAAAACUCAAAUUUUGUAUUCUCUGCCAAAUUUCACAUUGUGCCCUGUCUUGAUGGCUUCUUUGACUAUAUAACCUUUUCAUUCUUGUUGAAUAAGAUAUUUUAUUAUCCUCUUAUGGAUAGUGGAUCCAGUUGGUGCUCAAGAGAAUGUUGUAGAAAUAGCCAGCAGCCUUGGGCUUUCUGUGACUGUUGCUGUGGCCCAAGAGGUGUCACUCCAAGAGUUUGGAUCCUUACCUCAGAAAACCUUUGAGGGUGUAAGAACCCAGUACUCCUUUCCUUGCUUCUUCUUCUUCUUCUUCUUCUUCUUCUUCUUCUUCCCUUUUCUUUUUAUUUUUUUAUUUUUUCAUUAUUUUUGGUCAACAUGUGGACACACGUUUCCCAUGGCCUCCCUAGAACCAAGAACAUAUUAGCAGGAUGCAAAAUACUGAGCUCAUAUUUGUAUAAUCUCUGAAGGGCAUUAGCACAUAUUUGGGAGCAGCUCCAAUAGUUGAAUGUCUAGAAAGAUACCAACCAAAUGUUAUAAUCACUUCAAGGGUUGCUGAUGCUGCCUUAUUCUUAGCACCAAUGGUAUGAGAUCU